CGGCGCUGAGUGGGCAGCGGGCGGGAGGGCUUGGCGUCGGGCAGUGACGUGCGGCGGUGCCCGGCGCUGCUGGAGCGGCGGAGUCGAGCCAGGCGGUGGCACCGCGGGCCGGGCCUUGCCGCGGCCUGCGCCCACCCCCGCCGUCAGAUGGACCACUCCUCUCCGACCUACAUGCUUGCCAACCUCACCCACUUGCAUUCCGAGCAGCUCCUGCAAGGCUUGAACCUCCUGCGCCAGCACCGCCAGCUCUGUGACAUCGUCCUGCGGGUGGGCGAUGCCAAGAUCCACGCUCACAGGGUGGUGCUGGCCAGCAUCAGCCCCUACUUCAAAGCCAUGUUCACCGGGAACCUCUCCGAGAAGGAGAACUCGGAGGUGGAGUUCCAGUGCAUCGACGAGGCAGCCUUGCAGGCCAUCGUGGAGUAUGCCUACACGGGGACUGUCUUCAUCUCCCAAGACACUGUAGAGUCGCUUCUGCCAGCUGCAAACCUCCUCCAGAUCAAGCUGGUGGUGAAGGAAUGUUGUGACUUUCUUGAAAGCCAGCUCGAUCCUGGCAACUGCAUCGGCAUCUCUCGUUUUGCUGAGACCUAUGGCUGCCACGACCUCUACCUGGCUGCUAGCAAGUACAUCUGUCAGAACUUUGAGGAGGUUUGUCAGACUGAAGAGUUUUUUGAGCUCACCCACUCUGAGUUGGAUGAAAUUGUCUCCAAUGACUGCUUGAACGUGGUGACGGAGGAAACCGUGUUCUACGCGCUGGAGUCCUGGAUCAAAUAUGACGUGCAGGAGAGGCAGAAGUACCUGGCCCAGCUGCUGCACUGUGUCCGCCUGCCCCUGCUCAGUGUCAAGUUCCUCACCAGACUCUAUGAAGCAAACCACCUCAUUCGUGAUGACCACACGUGUAAACAUCUCCUGAAUGAGGCCCUCAAGUACCACUUCAUGCCUGAGCACAGACUGUCCCACCAGACCAUGCUGAUGACGAGGCCUCGCUGUGCUCCCAAAGUUCUUUGUGCUGUGGGAGGAAAAGCAGGGCUCUUUGCUUGUUUGGAAAGUGUGGAAAUGUACUUUCCCCAGAAUGACUCCUGGAUAGGGCUGGCCCCUCUCAGCAUCCCUCGCUACGAGUUUGGCAUCUGUGUCCUUGACCAGAAGCUCUACGUGGUAGGAGGGAUUGCAACCCACGUGUGCCAGGGCAUCAGCACCCGAAAGCAUGAGAACUCAGUGGAGUGCUGGGACCCAGACACCAACACCUGGACCUCUCUGGAGCGGAUGGUGGAUUGCCGCAGCACACUGGGAGUGGUGGUUCUGGCAGGAGAGCUCUACGCCUUGGGCGGCUACGAUGGGCAGUCCUACCUGAGAACUGUGGAGAAGUACAUCCCCAAAGUCAAGGAGUGGCAGGUGGUGGCCCCCAUGAACAAAACCAGAAGUUGCUUUGCUGCAGCUGUCUUGGACGGGAUGAUCUAUGCCAUUGGUGGCUAUGGUCCUGCCCACAUGAACAGCAUGGAGCGCUACGACCCCAGCAAGAACUCGUGGGAGGCAGUGGCCUCGAUGGCUGACAAGCGAAUCAACUUCGGCGUGGGCGUCAUGCUGGGCUUCAUCUUCGUAGUGGGUGGCCACAAUGGCAUGUCUCACUUGUCCAGCAUUGAGAGAUACGACCCUCAUCAGAACCAGUGGACUGUGUGUCGACCCAUGAAGGAGCCCAGAACAGGCGUUGGUGCAGCUGUCAUUGACAACUACCUUUACGUGGUUGGAGGCCAUUCAGGCUCAUCCUACCUGAACACUGUCCAGAAGUAUGACCCCAUCUCAGACACCUGGCUGGACUCUGCUGGGAUGAUGUACUGUCGAUGCAAUUUUGGCUUGACUGCACUUUGAUGGCAAGCAGGACUUGAAUGGAUGUGACCACAAAGGUGGAGCUUAAGUCUGCUUGGAAGUAAACCCUGCUGGUUGAGACCACGAGCUGCGUUUUCUGAAGCUGGAGGAAGGUGGUGAAGUUGGGGCUGAAGUGAAGAAGAAUUUGGUUUCAUCUGGUGUUUGGCUUUUAGUGACAGGGCAGAAAGCUUAUGGGAAUAAGUAUCAUCCAGUUAGUAUCCUGUUAAGGAGGGGAGAGGGUGUGAAUGUGAGAGGACUGGGAUAUAUCUAACCCCUUCACCUUCUAGAGGUCUUCUCUCUUCCUCCUGCCUCCUUUGAACCGUGGAGUUUUCCAUGCUUGGGGUGUGUGGAUGCGCGGUGUGACUGGAGAGCUUGCUGAGACUUGGCUGGCUGUGUCUUGAGGUUCAGAAAUUGCUUUUGUCAUUUUGGUUUCUUUUUUAAUGAACAGUAACUAAAGGGCUGCCUUGUUUCUGUCUCUCAAGGCUUGUAAAUAAUAAACACCACGCUUUGUUGCCUGCA